CAGUAGUAGGAGGGGCUCUUCACAUGCACAGGGAUAUUUUAGUCCUCUCCUCACCUUUGAGUUGUACUCUGAAACUCUGAAAGUAGGAGCUAUUCAUCAUCAUCAAUGUCUGAAAUGAAUAUUGUUCUACUGGGUAAAACUGGAUCUGGAAAAAGUGCAUCAGGAAACACAAUCCUGGGAAGAGAUGUUUUUAAAAAGGGUUCCUCCUCUAAGUCUACAACUAAACAGUGUGAGAAACACACAGAAACAGUAGAAGACACAAACAUCACGGUGAUUGACACUCCAGGACUGUUUCACACAUCCAUGACUGAUGGAGAACUGAUGGCCGAGAUUGAGAAGUGUUUGGAGAUGUCUGCUCCUGGUCCUCAUGUGUUUCUUCUGGUGAUAAGACUUGAUGUGCGGUUCACAGAAGAAGAGAGGGAAACAGUGAAAUGGCUUCAGAAGAACUUUGGAGAAGAUGUUAUGAGAUUUAGCAUAAUAUUGUUUACUGGAGUUGAUAAAUUAGACAAACCAAUAGAAGAAUUUUGUCUGGAAAACACAGAGCUGCAUGUCCUGCACGAACAUGGAGCGGUAAAUCAUACCAUUACAAAUGUGGAAAAGAAUGAUCGAUCUCAGGUGUCUGAGCUGAUGAAGAAAAUAAAAGCAUUAAUAACAGAAAAUGGAGGACAGUGCUACACUCAAGAGAUGUACCAGGAGACUCAGAGAAAGAUCAAAGAAGAAGAUGAAGCCAGUCUGAAUAGAGAGAAAGACAAUGAAGAAGAAACUUCAGAGAGAAACUCAGGAAAAGGAGAAGAGAAAAACAGAAAGAUAAUCAUACUGAGAAGAGGAGUGAAUAUAGUGAUAGGAGGACUAUUCUGUUUGUUUCUUUAUCGAUAUGGAAGAAAUUAUCUCUGCUACAACUGGCUGAUGUCUUUAUUUAGAGCAAAUAAACUGAAACAAGAAAAUGUUCAUCUGAAGUCUUUCAAAAUAACAAUUGCAAUGGUGAAUAUUGUGCUGUUGGGUAAAACUGGAUCAGGAAAGAGUGCAACAGGAAACACUAUCCUGGGUGAGAUGUUUUUUGAAGCAAAGUUUUCUUCGAAAUCUGUGACCAGUACUUGUAAGGCAUAUCAUGGAAAGGUGAAUGGACAGAGAAUCACAUUGGUCGACACACCAGGACUCUUUGAUACAACACUGAUAUCAGACAAGAUUAAAACUGAAAUAGAGAAGAUAUUUAAUUUCUCUGGUGAUGGACCUGAUGCAUUCCUGCUGGUGAUCAGACUGGAUGUGAAAUUCACACAAGAGGAGGAGAACACAGUGAAGUGGAUUCGGGAGAACUUUGGAGAAGAAGCCACAAAACACACACUGGUGUUGUUUACUCAUGGAGACUCAAUAACUGAUUCAGUUCAGAACUAUAUUGAUGAGAAUGAAAAGCUGAAGUCACUGGUUAAUCAGUGUAGAGGAGGAUAUCAUGUUUUUAAUAACAAAGACAAAGAUCGAUCUCAAGUUACUGAACUUCUGAGAAAGAUGAAAAGAUUAAAGGAGAAGAAUAAAUGCAAAUGCUAUAAAAAGGAGGACUAUGAGAAAACUCAGGAAGAACUUCGGCUCAAAAAAGGUUUUAUUGGAGCAGCAGGAGGAGGAGCAGGAGGAGCAGCAGUAGGAGGAGCAACAGGAGCAGCAAUAGCUAAGGCAGGAGUAGUUGCAGCUGCUGUGGGGAAGGCAGCUGCACUGGGAGCAUUAGGAGGUGGUGUUGCAGGAGCAGUAGUAGUUGGUGGAGGAGCAUAUUUACUUGCAAAAUCAUCCUCUAAAAAAACAGAUAAAAAAGAAGACUGAGGCAUGUGUCUUUUAAAACACUUUCAAGGGAUUAUAUGAUAUGGACAGAAAAUCUGGAGAGGCAAUAAAUAAAUAAAUAAAUCAGUUAAUGUAUCAGUUAAGAUUUUAUUCAGAUAUUCAUUCAAUCUUUUUUAAACAUAGAAAUUAGUAUUUCCAAAUGUAAUAAUAAUGUCUUUCAUUAUCAAAUGACACCUAAUGGAUGACUGCAAUGAGCUCUUAAUCAAUUCAUCUAUUCUACAACAGCUAGCUCAUAAACAUCUUACAGUCAUGUAGACUUAAAUAUGACUUGCAUUUAAAAUAACAAUGUAAUGUCUAAUCUACUGUAUGCAAUCCAUGCAUUUUAUGUUUAAAUAAAAUGUAAUUUAAUAAAAGGAAACUCUUUAACAUACAGUAUGUGUGUUGAUAACAAAACGACACACAAGUCGCUCUUUCCCAUGCAAUAAUAAUGAAUGAAUGAGGUCCCAUAAAAGUGUUAACAGGUGAAAUCUGUUGCUUCUUAUGUAAGGGCAGUGCACUCUUUUACUCUGUGUAAGGACAAGAUUACAUUUUAAGUCAUUAUUCAAUGAAAAUACUGAAAAUCAUACUGGCUCUCCUUGGGGCGUUCAUGAGAAAAGUGUCCGAUUUGUGAAUUAAUCGUUGUUGUUGUUGUUUUUUAGUCAGAUGUUUUCAAUAAUCUGGUUGAUCUGGUUCACAAAAGCAGAUUUAUUCAUUCACAGAUUAGACUGAUCUGAUUCAACUCACUAAAUCCGGUGCUCAGUGAAUAAUGACAAUUUCUGAUCUGUUCCUGACACAGUGCUACCAUAUGACUUCAGCUGACUUGAAAUAUAACACAUGGACCACUUUUAUGAUACGUUAUUGUGCUUUUGCAUACUUUUUGAAGCUUGAAAGCUUCAGUUCACAUUCUUUGUAAUUGCAUGGAAAACAGCGACCAGUAUAUUCUUCAAAAUUUCUCCUUUUAUGUCACAAGUCCGGUUUGAAAACGUAUAAUAACUGUACAGUACUUGAACAGUAACGGUCUCAGUGAGAAAAAAAAAAAUUUACACAUUGAAAACAUGAAGAUGAAUUCUGAGAUUUUCACUCACAAACACAAAUUCACAAACAUGUAUUUAAAUUUGAAGUUGGAAACAGACUGUGACCAAUUCAGACUUCAUCAAAACAGUAUACAGUAACUGCAGAACAGCAAAGAUAACAGUUGUGGUCAGCUAUGACUGAAAAUAAGUAAGCUUUCUAAAACCAGGGAACACAUGACAUUGCUAUCAAUGAAAAAUAUGUGUAAAGCGUAUAAAGAGACAUUUUUUUAGACAUUUUCGCUUUAACACGUAAUGUUUAUUAACACAACGUGAUUUUAUCACUUAUAUGAAUUGAAGUGACUUGAAGCCCCCUUUUCUCCUGCUUUUUUUCUCUCUAUUUCUCACACUUGCAUGUUGCUCCGCCCUAACUGGAAAAUGUUGAAGGGCAGACUGUUGUAUCUUAAACAAUAUCAUGGCUAAGAGCUGACUCUUUUUUAAAUGAAAAUAUACCAUAUGACAAGGAACAAAGACGCUUACAUUCAAACACGUCAAAAGACUUUUUAAACACUUGGUAAGAAAAAGCUCUAAAAAGACCAAAGUCCAAGACCUCAACUAUUAAUUUCAAAUUGGUGGAUUGAAGCCAAAGCUUUUUAAUUGAAAAUAAUGGGGUCACAAGGAGCAUCAGUAUAACAUAAGAAUCCUGUACAUGUUUUAGUAUAAAAUUAUAGAUGUUUGUAUAAUAGUUAAUUGAAGAUUCAUUGACAGUUUUUAAUUUUCUCUGUAAAGCUGCAUUGGAACAAAAUAUAUUAAAGCACUAA